CCUACGGAUGUCUUUGGUGUCGUCUGGGGCUUGUGCUUAGUCUUCUUCGGCGGCUUCUAUCCGCUCACCAUGGCCGCGUUCGAGGCCGCGCGCCAGUGCGGCGGCAGCGACACUUACGAGGCCCUGCACGACAUCGCCGUGGAGCUGUCCAAGUAUAAAAAGGCCUCGGCGGCGGACGACUUGGUAGAUACGGACAACAACGGUAUCGCUGAUGUUGAAGAGAUCACUGGAGUCCAGCUCGCGAAACGCAAGCACGGCGUCUUCCUCAAGGCGACGGACCCGCACGUCCUCGACAAGGCGUUCAAAGGAGUGUACACGGCCUGGGUCGCGGUCUUGGCGGUGCUCAAGAUUCAAUUCGCCCAGAUCUGUGUGGAAAUCAAACACUGCGUCGGGUGCAUGCGACAAUUCUUCACUAAGUCAUUUCUCGGUGAUGACGCGGCCAUCCUGGCUCGGUCGAGCGGUGAGAGACCGGUUUCGCCACGCCAUCGAGCACGCGCCGCGUCGAUGGCGUGGAGGACGACGCGAUGAUUCAGCACGAACGCGCCGUAAAAUUUUGAUUUCCGCACAGGCUCAGAUGAUCGCGCUCGGCGCGGCGAUUGGUGACUUCGUCGCACAGCUCCUCCGGGUCCCGGCGACGCAAGUCAUGGUCCACGUGAUGGACAAGGACUCGCAUAAGUGCGGCGCCUGUGUGGAAAUCGAAUUUGGGCGCCCCACGCCAUCGACGCGAUGUUGUCUCUGUAGGUGGAUCCCGACGUACAUCUCGUACACGUGCAAGGCCAUCGCCGUGAUCAUCGCGUACCACGUCCAGAAGAUAAUCACGGCGUUCUACUCGGCGACGCGCGGUGGCCUGAUGGUCUUCCGCUCGCUCUUCGCCAUUCUGGACCGUAGGGGCAUCGUCCACGUGGACCACAACGAGACGUAUUUGGACGAGGUCCUGGGCUGGACGCUGGCGGCGGUGGGCUUCUAUUUCCAGUACACCCAGAUGUUUUCUCCUCCGUUCGUCGUCGAGCUCCUGCUCUGGCCGCUCCAGACCAUCGAGUACGGGCUGCUCUACGCCGUCGCGUCGACGAGCGCGCCGGCCGCCGCCUAG